AUGGCGCCCUUAGGUCAAACAAUUGCUGUGAUUGACAAGUCUGGCCAAGUUGUGAGCACGACCAGGCACCUAUUGGGUGUUUUCAGCCACGCCAAAAACGUCUAUCGUGAGCACAAGUCCGCCUUCCAAUCAGAACGCAAUGCAAAGAUUGCGGAGCAACAAGCACUUCAAGGACUCGCCAACUAUCAGAUUGAUGACGCGCCCUCAGUAGCCGCAUCUCGACGAAGUCGUGGGACUCGAUCUAGACACCACAGCGGCCGUAGUCAUUGCGCUUCGUCUGCCUAUGAUGAUGAGCAGACAGCUGUAUCGUGGCAGGACUCUCCUUAUGAGCCCCCGCAGACUCUCGCCCGCCAUCAUACCAAUCACGAUUUGUCGGUCCCAGAUCAUGACGCUCGCUCAUCAACGACUCGGUUCAGAACCGAUGCGCAUAUCGACAUGGAUCUUGCAUAUGGGGACGCCUCUCAUGCAGCCUUGUCUCGAUACAGUCCCCCAGAGCCGAAAGACGACCAACAACAGCUCGAUAGUCUUGUCAACCGGGCAGAAUGGCUCCUCGAGGAAGCACAUUGUAUGCAACAAGGUGCUACCGCCGCCAUCGCCCAUCUCCAGAAGAACCCACAAGCUAUGGCCGCCGUCGCCUUGACUCUAGCGGAGAUCAGCAACCUGGGAAGCAAGAUGGCCCCUGCCGCAUUAACCACGCUCAAGUCAGCCGCGCCUGUCGUCUUCGCUCUUCUCGCCAGUCCUCAAUUCCUUAUCGCUGCUGGAGUCGGCAUAGGCGUGACGGUGGUCAUGUUUGGAGGUUAUAAGAUCAUCCAAAAAAUCAGAGCUGGCGCUACCGGAGACGAGGGAAAGCCCGCUGAAACGGAAAUGGAACUGGAAGCAGAAAUGGAAGAAAUGAUCGAGUUCAACACAGAAGAUCUCAGCUCUGUUGAGAUGUGGAGACGCGGUGUAGCUGAUGAACAAGUCUACAGCGUUGGGACAUCUGUUGAUGGCGAAUUCAUCACACCCACCGCAGCGGCCAUGUCAGGCAUCGAUGUGACGACUGCUCGUGCGCGACGGGAUCCGCGUUUCAAAUUCGAUGAAGAUGCCUCGGUCGCCUCGUCCCGUCGCUCCCGUCGUUCACGCACCACCCUGGCUCCGACACAUGCACCGUCAGAGCGACACGAACAGAGAUCAAAAGCCCCUUCAGAGGCGCCGAGUGGAUUCUUCGGACGAAGCUCCUCCAGGUCCAAGGCGCCAUCAAAGGACCCCAGCAGAGCGCCUAGUAGAGCACCAGGCAGAGGUCCUAGUCGCACCUCAUCUAAACACAGCACCCAUGUCUCCGAGUCCGAGAAACGGCCCAAGGAGAAAAAGAAAGGUCCCAGCCGCCUACGACUUAUGUUUACCUCUUCCUCUUGA